GUAAAACUGGGAAAGCAGCCAGUCUGCUAGCCGUAGAAGAGAAGCGAGACAGAAAUCCAACUAAGUGACUCCGACCUCCGUAUAUUAUUAUUCUGGUGAGGCAACUUCGACCCCUUUAACGACUCCCCCCCAUUCGAAACCUCCACGCCGGCACAUACGACUUGGCUCGAUACCUACACGAUCUCGCGGACACAAUCCUAUCAAAUAACUAACUGUACCCGUCACAGCUUCGAGUGUUCUAGCAGCCAGAACAAGCACCUACACCGGUACCUAUCAUUAGACGGAGGCGGGACGAGGCCGAUGAUGCCCGCGGAGAACCACCACCAACCCAUCGGCUUCGUGUGCUGCCACUGUCGGUACCGCAGCAGCGGCAGCCUCUGCUCUAACCCGUACGAGCCGGACUGCCCGCACCGCACCGUACCCCGGUGUCGAGACUGCCCCAUACUCUUCACCGCACCGUCGCCGUCGUCUUCGCGGCUCAGCCGCGGUCUUGGCGGCAGGGGAGCCAGUCGGACAACUGCACCCACGAUGGGCUCGGAUCCAGGGGUGUCGCGUGAGCAAGGGACGAGGCGGCAUUCUGUUAACCCAAGCAACGGCAGCACCGCUGCCAGCAGGAACAGUACACGCGAGGAUUCUAGAAGCUAUGGUAGGUAAGCAUGAUAAGAGGAGAAGCGAGACAGUGUCGGGGGCGAUUCGAGGAGAGAGGGGAGAGAAGAAGGGAAGAAGAACAAAGGCUUGCCAACAAAGAAAGUUAAACUUCUUGUUUCAUUUCCUUAGGGAUAUCCUACCUCACUCUAUCAAUGUUGCCAUCCACCCGUCCUAUCUACAUGCCUACUUAUCUAUCUACCUAUUCAACGUCUUUCUCACGCACCCCGACCGACCAUUUCGUCAAGGGAGCCCUAGGGCGAGCUGACUCGGGGAAAUCACAACCUAGACAGGCCGGCUGAUGGAGACCACGGACAGCACGAGGGCGGUAACGAUCUACGACGAGACGACACCACAUUGGGGCGAUCCAAGCCUCUCCCUCCCUCCCGCUCCGCCGGCGAGCUGAGGUGAGAUAAGGGGGAUGAGACGGGGGAUCGGCGAUCAACGGGCGCGACGAGCGAGCAGGGGCGUUUAUCCCAUCCAUCGCUACGGCACCAGCGCGUACACGCACACGCCAUCCCGGCCCUUGCUCUCCUGCCAGACGAGGAAAAAGCCCAGGGGAGCCAAGGGGAGUGGGCUUGACACCGCUACGUGCCUGCCGGCCGCCCGCUCGGGUCCCGGGGUGCGACAGGACGGGGCGGGGCGGAGCAGCACUCGAGAGACACAAGCAGCGGGAGCGCAGCGCGCAGGUAGCGAGGGGAGGAAGGGGGGUUGCCUACGG